AUGCUCAACCCGAACGAUGCGGAUGACUCGGAUAGUUCAACUGACUCUCCACCGCCCGUCGUGUCGAGACCCAAAAGAUCAGCUACCGUAUCUCCGAGUACGAGGAACUCUUUUUACAAUUCUAGAAGACGAAGCGAUGCAAAUCUGAACUUUUUCAACGAGAGAGAACGGCAACGUGAGAGACGCAGAAGUAUGGUUCGAGCAAGUAGAGAAAGAAGUGAAUCUAGAAGAUCAUCGCAGCAGAAUUUAAGAAAAACGAAUAGUGAACCAAAUGUAGAUAUGCCUUCGAUUGACGUUGAAGCACUUCAGAAGUUAUUACUAUCCCUUCCGAAAUUCGCAUCUGCUUCUAGAUCGAGAAUUAAUCAUCGUCAUGACUCUGAUUCUGGUGGAGAGAUGACGACAGAGAUCGAAGAACUAAAAGACGCAGCAAAAAGUAUUCAAUCACUUCAAAGAGUUCUCGCAUAUCCAUCCCAAGUAUCAUCUGAUCGUGGAGGUAAUCGUCGUCUCCCAACCGUUGAUCCAGUUGAGUCGUGCCUUGAAUCUUCAGUAUUUUCCGAUGUCGAUGAGUCCUCGUUGGCAACUGAUACGACAGAUGGCGGACGACGUUCCGGAAUUUCAACUCGGUUGGGUCAUCCACGUGGUGUUAUGCAAUUCAUUCCUUCCAUCAGAAAUGACCAAUUCCAACCAACGUCCGAAAUUCGUCGGAAUUCGAUUUCAAGGAAAUCAUCGGUUCCAGAUGGAUUCAUGAGCAACGAAUUACAGUCAGAUCCAGUCCCGAAUGUCAGAAAUAGAAGACGUGGAAUCGUGGAUGAGAUGUUUUCUUCUUCAACAUCUCUUCUUGUUGAUCGUCCAUCUGAGACUCUUGCCGGAGUGAAUCGAUUCGCAAAACUUCUCGACACAUUCCGAAGCCGACCUACUUCUCCAGAACAACAUCCUUCUAUUUCCUGGAAUCCAUACGUGUAUUCUGAUGGUGGUGAAGCUUUGGAGACAUGUGGAAUGGAAGAUUCACUUCAUGAAGCUGAUAUUUUGUUAUGGAAAAAGAGAAGUCGAGCGAGUUUACGAAGACAUUACAGUGUACGGCAUUUGGCUGCAAGAGAACUUUUGGAUACUGAGAAAUCGUUUGUGGAAGGUCUGGAGUUUCUUGUUACAAAAUACAUGCGACCACUGCGUCAACCACUUGAAUGCACUCUCAUUGAAGCGUCUCUAGUUGACAAAAUAUUCUACAGAAUUCCAGAAAUUCUAGCACAUCAUCAAGUUCUCCUGACAACAUUGAGUCAACGAAUAGACCAAUGGCAUAAAGAUGCAAUACUGGGAGAUGUGUUGUUAGCUCAUUUUUCGAAGCAAUCUAUGAUUGAGACAUACAUUGCAUUCGUGGAUAACUUCAAGUUUGCGAAAGCAUCGAUCACACAAGCGAGGCAGAAACACGCAUUUGAGAAAUAUUAUAGUAGAUGUUGCCGAGACCAUCCGAAUAAACUAGACCUGGAUGCUCUCCUGAUCUCUCCAAUUCAACGGGUUCCAAGAUACGAGUUGAUAGUGAAACAAAUGUUGAAGCAUACUCCAGUGGAACAUGAAGAUAGAGAACGUCUUCAACGUGCACAGAGACAUAUUCAUUGUUUAGCAGUUGCAAUUAACCAACAUAAAGAUGGAAGUGAACAAAUGGAACAACGAUUGAGAGAGAUUGAAGCGAUUGUUGAUGGCUUAGAUGAUUUGGUGACAAAAGAAAGAACACUGCUACGUCAUGAUAUCAUCACUUUGAAAGGGACAGAAAGAGAACGAUGCGUUUUUAUGCUUUCUGAUCUUCUUCUUGUGACAAGUGUCAAGAAAAAGGCAAAGGUUAUGUAUACUAAAAUGACAUCACACUCCAUGGAUUUCCUGGAAAGUAAUCGUUUCAAGUUACUCUACAAAAUUGCUCUCGAGGAUGUUCAAAUAUCAAAAGAUACACUUUCUCAGUUAGAAGCAGUCGAGAGAAAACUUGAAUCGUCUCGUGAAGAUGACCGAGUUUUGAAGAAGAUGUCUCAGUUGUGUUCUCUUCUGAAAUGUGAAAAGAAGGUAAAAACUGUGAGAUUUCUGAAUGUUCCACAACAACUAACUGAUCCAAUGUUAUCACCAGAGAAUGGAAGACCUGGAAGUGAACAAUUAGAUAAUUAG